GUCCGCGCUGGACUCAAGAAGCCUCACCCCGGGAAGAAAACCAUUCCAGUUAUUGAAUACCUAAUUCUGACAGUUAUUGUAAUUGGUUCGUGCUAAUAAUCGCAGUAGACAGAGACCCCGAACGAAGUGUUGGACGGGCGUGAGCGUGAAGUGGAAAAGUUUCCGUUGUUUUUUGCGCUAUCAAACUGACAGCUAUCCUAGUGGGCGGUGCCGGGAAAAGCUACUAGCACGUGUUCGGUUGGUGUCAUUCGGUGUGCUUUUCGAAGAAGCUGGAAGUGAAAUUUCCUCGAAAAUUGUGCAGUUCUUUUUUCUGUUCGCCGUCGGUUAGUGGUUUCGUGUGCAAGCAAUGGGCAACGGAAAUGUGCUGGAGCAUCAGGCUUCCACGCGGAAGAUGCUGAGCAAUCAGAACAGCAACGAUUCGGUGCAGAUGCAGAAACUUUGGAGCCUGCCGGAGAAAUGGGUUGCCGUACUGUUUACGGUAGUCGCUUCGCUCGGAUACGUGUCCGUCGGAACGAUGGUCGGCUGGAGCUGCAAUGCCUUUUCCGACGUGAAACAAACGAACGGCGUCGAUUAUCGGCAGUGGCCGCGGUACGGGGAGGAGGAACCACUUUCCGAGAACCAGCAGACGUCACUGACGGCCACACCGGCUCUGGCGGCUGCCGUAAGUGCCGCGCUGGCGUACAAACUCUACUACCGGAUAGGAACGAAACUGUUCAUGCUGGCCGCGGCCACCUUAUCAAUCAUCUCCAACUUUCUGCUGUGCUUCGGCAACUGUUUCUGGUACUUCAGCGUAGGACGCGCCCUGGCCGGUGUCUCGGCCGGUAUCAUCUUCACGCUGGUUCCGCCGUACGUGGACGAGUUCGGCUCGAAGCAGCACAAAACGCUGCUGGAUGCGAUCCUGUACGUGCAGUUCGCUCUCGGCAUCCUAAUUCAGCUGAUGGCAGAUCUCAUCCCGCUCACACAACUAUCCAGCGUGAUCAGUUCCACCUUCCCGAUUUUCCUGUUCAUCGGAUUCCUAUUCCUGCCGGAAUCGGCUCGCUAUCUGUGUGCCAUCAAGCAGGUUAACCGGGCGCGGACGGUGCUGAAGAAAACCCACACCGGAAGCGAUCCGCUGUCGGUGCAAACCAUGGAGAACAGCCUCAACCACUGGCAGCAGCAGCAGCACCAGCAGGAGCGCUUCACUGCCGUUGGCUUCCGGGAGUCACUUCAAAAGCUGCGCCAUUCCCGCCUGGUGGUGCCGAUGUUUGUGCUGAUAAUUUUCCAACAUUUCAUCGGCGGUCUGCCGAUGAUGUUCUAUCUGACGAGGAUUUUUACCCUGACCGACGGUCAGUACACACCGGAAUGGACGGCCGUUUACGUGGCAGCUAUCUUCGCGCUAAGCUAUCCGGCCUACCGGCUGCUCGGUUUCAAGCUGGGUGACUAUAAACUGCUGCUCUGGAGCUCGGCACUUAUGUCCGUAGCGAUGAUUGGCCUCGGAUGGCACUGCCACGUGCAGGGAAUGUACGGCCACUCCGACGAGUACGGCCACCUUCCGCUCGUUUACUUCGGAGUGUUCAUUUUCCUGUACGCCAUCGGCUUCCAGCGGGUACCGUGGCGAUGGCUGGACGAAAGCAUCGAGGAGGAAAUCGCCUUCCCCCUGCGCACCAUCGCUACCGCUCUCAGCUGGGCCACGCUGUACUUCUGCGUUCGCCUUCUGCCUACGCUGAUUGGCCUGAUCGGUGUCGGUUGGCUGUUCUGGAACAUCGCCAUUGUCCUUCUGUUUGCGAUCCUGUUCGUGCUGUUUUCCCUCCCAAAUCUCGACUACGGCGUCAUUCGCUGCAAAACUUUAACCGAAUGCAGCAAUUCGUCAUCAUCGGCAAAUCUGGAGACGAUGGAGAUGGUUGUAUAACGACCCCCCUGCCAAACCAAACCAAACUCAAACCCAAAGCCGACAGGCCGGAGGGCUUUCUGAAAGACUGAUUGCGCAAAGCUAGAGUACCGAAAAAGUUUUCUGCUCGUUCGUCAAAUGUGCGGGGAUGCGAGGAACGGCAGAAACGAAAGCGAGAGAGAGAGAGAGGAAGAGGGAGUCUUUGCCAUUUCCUGCCGCCGCCGUCGCCACCGGCGGUGGCGGUGGCAGUGGCAGACUGGCUCAACAGCAACGACGACCGCCCGGUAGAAAUGCCAUUUGUACAAAGGUUGAUAGAAUACGACGGAACGGAAGGACGAAUGUUUUUGAUUGGAUUACGACCGGAAAGUUUUAAAUUAAAUGCUUAAUUCGGUUUGCUGGAGGUCGCCAAAUAUACGUAGUAGCCUAAGCUAAGAAGUCGUUUUGCUCAUCUUUCUUCCAAUUGCAAUGCGAAAGAUGAUAUUUUAAUAGUUACCAGAUAGUCGUCGAAUCUAACUAAGCAGAAGAAAAUUAGUUACUUAUUAAACUUUAUCGUUACAUA